AUGUCCACACACGCUUUCCUCACUGAGACCGACGGUCUUCCAUCUGACUGGUCCACUAUCUACUCCGAGUGCUCUUACAACCACCAGGACCUGAGACCCUCCCUCAUGUCCCGCUCUCUGUCGGUUCUAUACAUGGCGAAAACUGUGGCUACCUUCACGCCCACCGAGACCCUGUCGACGGGUGCCCCAAAAAUGGCAGCAGGCUGGUGGACGUGCUGCAGUUGCAAGCAGAUGGUGAACCCCAACUUGGCACCGGAGUCACGAUGCCCCUGCUGUUCGCAUACCCGUUGCGGAACUUGCAGAAGCGAAAAUGUUCAGUGA